AGAAGGAAAAUUUUAUUAUGCGAUCUCAGUUGAUGUGGACGAUAAACGACUUUCCAGCGUAUGCAGAUUUAUCUGGUUGGCCUAACAGGGGUGCGAAGGCAUGUCCUUGCUGUAUGCAAUCGACGCGUUCUAUACGCUUAAAGAACGGAUGCAAAUUUUGCUAUAUGGGGCACAGGAGAUAUCUGCCGCCUGAACAUCUGUGGCGGCUUAACAGGAGGACAUUUGACGGUACUGAAGAAUUUGACAGCGCCCCGAUUGUGCCAUGCGGAUACGAGGUUCUCCAACAGUUGGACGGAGUUGCGUUUGGGGAUGAGACCGCGGGUAAGAAGAAGAAACGGAAGAAGCGGAAGAAGGGUGCAGGGAGUUCCGAUGUUAUAUGGAAGAAGAAAAGUAUAUUUUUCAGAUUGCCGUAUUGGGAAGACAAUUUGCUUCGGCACAAUCUUGAUGUUAUGCACAUAGAGAAAAAUGUCAUGGACAAUAUACUUGGCACUAUUUUGGAUAUAAAAGGGAAAACGAAGGACAACUUGGCAGCUCGGCUGGACUUGCAGGAAAUGGGGUUGAGACCUAAGUUGCAUCCGUUCACGGCCGCCAAUGGUAAAACGUAUAUUCCCGCUGCCUGUCACACCAUGACUAGAGAGGACAAAGAAAGUUUUCUGAAGGUUCUUCGAAAUGUAAGGGUCCCGGACGGAUACGCCUCGAACAUUUCACGAUGUGUUCGGCUGAAGGACCGUACAAUUUCCGGGUUGAAGAGCCACGAUAGCCACAUACUGAUGCAACAGCUUCUUCCAAUUGCACUGCGUAAGUCAUUGCCUGAUAAAGUUGUUAGACCUCUUGUGGAGAUUUCGGCAUUUUUUAGAGGCAUAUGCUCAACAAAGCUAUCACAAGAAGAUAUGGACCGACUGCAGGGUGACGUCUGUAUCACUUUGUGCAAACUAGAACAGAUAUUCCCUCCAGGGUUUUUUACGAGCAUGGUCCACUUGGUCGUGCAUCUUGUGCGCGAGUGUAGACUCGGCGGACCCGUGCAGUAUAGAUGGAUGUACCCGGCGGAGAGGAGUCUGGGGCAUUUCAAGUCUACUGUGCGCAAUAAAGCGGCUCCUGAGGGGUGCAUUGCGGAGGGGUACAUAGCGACCGAGCUGGUAACGUUCUGUUCAAGGUAUCUGAAUAACGCACCAACAUUCCACAACAGACCUCAGAGGAAUCCUGAUGGAUCCAAGGGGGCGGGCACGCGUGUUACCCUGAACCGGUUGAUAAUGCACCAGAUUCAUCGUUAUAUUGUGUUCAACUCUGAAGAGUUUCACAAUUUGCGGACGAUGCACAAAGACGCGCUUAGGCGAUCAUGCACUAGAGGUCGCAUUACGGAGGCUCUUAUUGAAGCAGAACAUCAUGAGCAGUUCUGCGAAUGGUACCCUGCAUAUGUCGAUGGCCUUGACGAUCAACGUAGGGAGGAAUUGGGCCACAACUUGGUUAUGCGUUGUAGAGGGCUGAAGGAGACAGCGGUCAAGUACAACAGGUACGUGGUAAAUGGGAAAUUGUUUCGCACGCUUGCCCAUGAUGUGGGAAGGAGGACUCAGAACAGCGGCGUAUGUGUUCCUACCGUUGAAGGCGAAACGUACUACGGGCAGUUAACCGAUAUAGUUGAGGUCGAGUACUAUGACAGGACUACGUACGUCCUAUUUAAGUGCAAUUGGGCAGACCCCACGAUGGAAAGAGGAUUCACAAUAGACGAGUAUGGCCUAGUGUUUGUCAACUUCAAUCACCUCGUCCACAGGGGAGAACUGAUUCAGGACGAGCCGUACGUGCUUACAUCUCAGGUGGAUCAAGUAUUCUACGUCGAAGAUGGAAGGAACCCAAAUUGGGUUUGUGCGGUUAGGACCAAACCGCGCAACGUGUACGACGUUGGCCAGGGGGAUGGGAGUAAUGAGGAUGGUACAACCUACCAUGAGUGCGUACCGCUCGUACUAGCCACUGAUGACCUACCUGAUACGAAUGAUGAAUUCGAGUACGACAGGUACAUAACAGUCUCCGGCCUACUAACUCCAAGUGCAAUUAAGUCGAUCUGCUGA